AUGCGACCUCUAGCAUCUAUCGCAGAACUGAGGCAAUUCUUCGUAGGGAAAGACAUCUCAGAUGUUCCUAAGCCAGCUGUGGUGCUCGACGUCAAUGUUGUACAACGCAAUUGCGCAGCCAUGCUACGGACAAUGAAGGCGCUGAAAGUCGGAUUUCGAGCACAUGUCAAAUCUCACAAGGUCCCCCAAAUAGCCCGCCUGCAAGUCGGUGAAGGUGACGACGAGGUCAAAUUUGUCACAUCGACCGUCCUCGAGAUAGAGAUACUGCUACCUCUUCUCAAGGAAUAUAAGUCAGACGGCCGCAGAGUAAAUGUUCUCUACGGCGUUCCUCUCGUACCAUCACAGGUACUUCGUCUUGCGGCCAUUGCUUCAGAACUGGGUGAAGACAGUAUCUCGGUCAUGAUCGAUCACCCAGACCAACUUCCUUGCCUACAAGAGUUCUACAACACUACCGGCUUCCCAGCAUGUAUCUUCGUCAAGGUUGAUGCUGGCUACCAUCGUGCUGGGUUACCCCCAGCCAUGCUGAAUAAGGGCGGCCUCUUGCAGAAGCUCGCUGAAGCCGAAGAAUCUGGGGUUGCACGAUUGCUGGGUCUCUACUCGCACAGCAGUCUUAGUUAUUCUGGAAACAGUCCUAACGAAGCCAUGGCCCAUCUCUCGAGAGAAAUUACUGCGUGUCGGGAUGCCUUGCUCAACAACAUGGAAUUCCUACACCCUGGACGAAAGAUCACGAUCAGCGUUGGAGCCACGCCGCAGGUCGUUUCAUCUCAAGAUCUCCUCAAUCCGACCUCUUCAAGUCAGCAGGCACGCAGCCUCAAAGCACUCCUCGCCAAUCCUUGUGGCGCAAACAGCAAAUAUGACAUCCACCUUGAAUUGCACGCUGGGGUCUAUCCUAUCUUAGACAUGCAGCAGGUUGCCACUAGGGCACGUUCGGGAAUGAACGGGGCGGAGACUGAGAUAGCCAUCUCCGUCGUUGCAGAGGUAGCCAGCACUUAUACUGCGGCUGAACGCGGCCAGCCAGAAGCGCUCGUUGCGGUAGGUACACUUGGCUUGGGUCGCGAACCAUGCCAGGGAGACCUUGGCUGGGGUUUAGUAGGAUCGUGGCGGCGGGAGACCGCGCCUGCACAACUGAUUGUCAAUCGCAUUAGUCAAGAGCAUUCCAUUAUCUCAUGGGCUGCUUACGAUGAGUCCCGGGAUGCAGACAUUCCUGUCCGGGUUGGACAGACCGUCAGGAUCUAUCCCAAUCAUGCCUGUGUCACUGGAGCCAUGUACGGCUGGUAUCUCGUGGUCGAUUCAGAAGUGGAUUCCGAAUCGGCCAAGAUUGUGGAAGUUUGGGUUAGACCAUCAGGGUGGUGA